AUGUUGAAAGUAUCACUGUAUCCCAGAUUUAUUGCUCAGUAUGGAGAAGACCGCCUGUCUACGCUCUUGGCUGAAGCUAAAGAAGAGCUCGAUAAGCUGGAUUUAAAGUGCGGGCUGCCCAGGGACUAUAAACAUACCCCCAUUAUUAACAGAUUUAGCAAAGACGAAAUAGUAGCAGAGUCGAUGCUUAAAUCUUAUCUCUGCACCGUUUCGAGCCUUCCAGAAGAUGCUAUUGAAAGGCUCAAGCAUCAGCUUCUCCCUGGUAACAGCGAUGACAACGAUGUCAAAGACACUGAGCCUUUCAAGGAGCCUUAUCUCAAGCAGAAGUAA